UACAGACACAGACACGCAUGUCUGAACUUCGGCAAUCAAGAUAACGCAGAAUGAGAAACGACGGAAUGGACUAUAUACAUGCGGUUGGGGCAUAUUGGAAACGAAGGAACAUUUAGCAAGUUCAGUUAGGGUUCAGUUAGGGUAGGACAUGGGGAAGCUUUGCAUCAUAUAUCGACUACAACAAGGAGCGUCAUCUCUCUUCUUUCAGUCGCUCAUUUACUCUUUGGUGUAUCCCCGACAUUCGCAUCAUCAGGGGAUUGGACCUGCCAUACAUACCUACGUAGUUGACUCUUGUAACGCUACCGCGCAUGUCAUUGUCAUCAUUCCAUUCACGUCAUUACUCCUCCUAUAUCUCAGGAGCCAUCGUCGGGUAGUCGGGUACCGGCGAAGACAGCACCGCGGGAUGCAAUGCGUAGCAUUUCACAUCCGUACGCAAUGCUCUCCCUAUUCUUAUCCAGAUGGACAAUCAGUAUAUAAGGCCCUUUAGUAACCCCCUAUAUCCAUAACUAUCAAAGGGUUGUCUUACAUAUUAUCAAAAGUCCUCAACGCCUGCUAUACCCAUUCGUACACUGCGAG